AGAGUGGAAGCUGUGAGCUGCAGCAUCCAGCAUCCAUCUGAAAUCUCAGGAAAAGCUGGAGGAGAGCCGUCGAUCCCAAUGUGAUGCUGGUAACAGCAGCGGAGAGAAGACGAGGAAAGCCAGAGAACGAGGAAGAGGGAGAAGACGCAGCCAUGAUGGGCACACCUCUCCGGAGGAAAGCCCCGGCGUAUGAGAUGGCUGAAGUUGAACUUCAUAAGGAAAGGCUCCAAGCCCUGGCGGAAAAAAGGAAAAGACAAGCCGAGAUAGAGGACAAAAGAAGACAACUCGAUGAACUUGUUCUACAACUUCAACAUUUCAAGUCUAAAGCCAUGAGGGAAAGAUGGCUUCUGCAGGGGACACCAGCAGUGCCACAAGAGGAAGACGAAGGUCGGAUAAAACAAGUUGAGCAAGAUGAACUUCACGUCAAGACACUAGAAGGUGCCAUUCACAGAUUGGAAUCAGAAAUCUGUCUUUUGGAGAAUGAAGAAUCACAGAUCUCAGCUAAAGAGCAAGUUCUCCGAGAGCGCCUGCGGGAAACAGAGAGAUCUAUUGAAGAUCUACAGAAGAGUCUUCAGAAUCAAGAUGGAGAUGUGGUGAAUUACAACUGCUCCCAGAUCCCGGACCUCCCAGAACUGAACUCCCAAUCUCCCUUCUCAGCUUCAGGAGAUCAACAACCGGCAAGAAAAUCUGCAUUAUACGCCAUGGAGAUCAGUGUCGAGAAGGACCGGAAAACAGGUGCCACCAAGAUCCUCUCGGCCUCGGCGGUCAGCCCGCGGGACGCUCACCAGAGGGGCGUCAAAGUCUACGACGACGGCCGUAAAGUGAUCUAUGAGGUGCAUUCUGGAGGAUCCACUACACUGGAGAACGGCACGCACCCCUGGAGUCCCGGCGAGGUGGAUGAGCUCAUGCAGCAAGUCGGCAAGACCCAACCACGAAGCGACGGAGCCCGGGUCACUGUCACACCACCUGAGCCCCAGCCAUCGGGAGGACAGCUGAGCUCCAAGCAAGACAACAAACAAUCCCCUAGGAAAGCCGAGGUCACGGAGACUCCACAAGCCUCAGCCGACAAACCAGUGACCAUGAUCUUCAUGGGCUACCACAGCGUCCAGGACGAGGAGGAAUCCAAGAAGCUGCUUGGCUUCGAUGGCACCAUCAAAGCUGAGAUCGUCCUCAUCGACGAGGACGAUGAGAAAUCUCUUCGGGAGAAGACCGUCACUGAUAUCUCCACCAUCGACGGCAACGCUGCAGACCUGGUGUCAGGCCGGCCUCUGUCAGAGACCACCGAACUGUCUUCAGAAAGCAAAGAUGAAAGCUCGACCAAGGAACUGCCACCCACAGGCGGGGAGAAGGCACGUUCAGUGCUGCUGACGGCCGAGAACGGACUGUAUCCUACAGCCACGCCACGAUCCACUGACCCUCUGAAGUCCCCUGUACUCUCAGAGGAUGACAGUGAGCUGAAAAGCGAGAGAAGCCUGAAGACUGUGAGUUUUUUCGAUUCUGUGAGUCUGAUAUCCAGUGAGAGCAGUAUGGAGCUUGAAACUCAGACCGACUCUCAGCAAAGUUAUGAGAGCAGUGGACAGAACAUAGUGAGACAUGGAAGAGAAGGAAUGGACAGCGAAGUUGCCAAGGAAAUCCUUUACCUGGAUGAGGUCCUUGAGGCCAACUGUUGUGAUCCCAGGGCAGAAAUGACUUCAAAUGGGACAAGUUCCCCUGAUAUUAAGUCAAUUCAAGUUCAUGGAACUGGACCAUCUGUGCGUACUUGUGACACAUUUCCCUUACACAACCAUGAAGUUGUUUUAGAAGGAAAAAAACAGACCACUUUUGUUGAGGACAACUUCAACACCAAACCCAAUGGUCAUACAAUGGACUGCACAAGGUCACCUGAGUCACCUAGGACAGCAAUCAAGAAAGAGGCCCGUUUUGAGCUCCGACCAUUUCAUGAAGAGAAGAAACCAUCGAAACUAUUCGACACCCCAACUAAGAAAGAAGUUCGGGUGAAGAAAAUCAGACCCUCAGAGGAGAUUGAAGAGCUAGAGAGGGAAAGGCUGGAACUCAUCCGGGGUCAAGCAGUCAAGAAGAAUCCUGGAAUUGCAGCAAAAUGGUGGAACCCACCUCAGGAAAAGACACUGGAAGAGGAGCUAGAGCCAGAGCAACUGGAGUCGCUUCGAAGAUAUGAGGAGAGGAAGCAGAUGAGAAACGAAGUCAACCUUAUGCCACAAGCUGCACCCAGACAGACAACCUUCUUUACCCAAACUGAAAUAGAAAAUAAGGAGGAUGUUGUCAUGGAAGAGAUUUCAGACUUUUCUGCUGCACGCAAGCAAUUUCUGCAGAUUGAACAUAGCAAGCAGCCCACAGCCCCUAAGAGGAAUGUGGCACCACAGCUUUACUCUGCCAAACCUUUCUUCAGGACUUCAGAGGUCACACAUUUAGAGAGGCCAUGCGGUUCUGUUACAGUUGCCAAUCAAGAAGGGGUCACAUCCUACAAUGGAAGUGAAGUUUCUACAGUCAAAGCUGAAAAGAUUUACUGCUGCUCUGAAGAAUCUGCCAUGCCACCCAAAGAAAAUUUGGCUCAGAAUGAGUUGAAAGAUGAUGAAUUUACUUGUGCCCGGGCAGUGAUGACCAUUGUGAAGGAAGAGGACUCUGAUUUGUGUCAACGCUCUUUGAACAGCUCUUACCAUAUGGAAGAAAUCGACUCCGGAUUAGAUGACCUAUCCCUUCGAUCUCAGGACACCACUGUACUUGAGACGCUCUCCAAUGACUUCAGUAUGGACAACAUAAGCGACAGUGGUGCAUCAAAUGAGACCGUGAGUGCCUAUUUGGAAAACUCUCUUGGGGAAUACUCUUUUCCCUCAACUCCAAUGGCCACUACACCAAUCAAUGGAAAAAAUGAAAGUGGAAUCAAAUCUCCAAGUGAACAGAGUGGGUCUUAUCAGGCAGAUUGCUUGACGGAAGAAGAGCUGGAAUACCAUGCAGGUAUUCUUGUCCAAAACGCUAUCCAGCAAGCCAUUGCUCAGCAAAAUGACAAAUGGGAGCCUUUGCAGGCCACACAACAUUCAUCCCCCAUUCCUGAGAGACAUGUGGAAAGUAUUGAACCACAACCCCAACCUUUAGUGGAGAGAUCUGCUGUAACGCCACCUCCCAAAGUGCCAUCUCCCCUGGAGGAGAAGAAAACAAUUGUUCCUCAGAUAACUGUAGUUCAAGCUGCCCCGGUUAUCCCAGUGAACACUUACAAACCUCCCAGUCCCUCUCCACCAGCAAGUGAGAAACCAGAAUUCAGCUAUUUCAGUAAGUACUCUGAAGCAGCAGAGCUCAGGAGCACCGCAGCUGUCACUCGUUCUCAGGAAACAGAGGUCACCUCAGGACCAUUCAAACUGCGCUCACGCAAACAGAGAACCCUGUCCAUGAUUGAAGAGGAGAUUCGGGCGGCCCAAGAGCGUGAGGAAGAAUUGAAGAGACAACGACAGGCACAAACAUUGCACCUGCCCCGUACACAGAAGCUAAAGUCCGGCACCCAGCCGAACAAACUGGUCCUUGCUGGGAAGACAGCACCGGGUAAGAUAGAGAAGGUUCGUCAAGUUCCUCCAGCAUCGCCGUGCUCUUCAGAUGGAGCUCUGCCCUCGCCGCUGUCUGAUCUGGGCAGUGAUGAUUCUGGAGGACAGCGACCCAAGAACUUCAUGCAGACUUUGAUGGAGGACUACGAGACACACAAGGUCAAGCGCAGAGAGAAAUCUGAGGACAACAGUUAUGUCCGCUCAGUUACAACUGAGGUUCUGGAGGCAACGCGUGUCACUCGCAGAAAAAGUAACAUGGCCCUCCGGUGGGAGGCGGGAAUCUACGCCAACCAGGAAGAGGCUGAGGAAGAGGAAGAGGAAGAGGAGGAGGAGGAGGAAGAGUAAACUACAUUUCCAUUGUAUCCCAAAAAGAAGGAAAAAGAGAGAAAACCCAGAGGGAAAAUGUGCAACAGGACAAACACAAGUAUUUAUUGGGAAGUCAAACCCCAACAGCAAUUCCCACCUCUCUGAAGAUUUGUUUCAGGAGACUAUGAAAAAAAAAACCCAAAGACUACAGAUACUAUACCGCUUCACAUUCUCACGACCAAGUUAUUGCUUUUUCUUUUGUGCUGAUACGCUUUGAGAAAAUGGGAUUUUUUUUUAGACUUUUGUCAUUUAUGAUUAGUAUGAAGAUCACAUUGCAUUUGAAUUCACUAAGGCUAAGGAGAACUUGGAAAAGAAUGGAAAAUAUGGGAUAAUAUGAUGUUAUUAGUAGAAGGAGCUCAGAUGUAGAUAAUAGUGUGACAACUGAUUUGUAGCUAGAUUAUUGACAUUUCGACUGUGCCAUGUAUAUGAAUUCAGUCCUGAGCCCAUUCAGAAAGCAGAACUACAUAAAUGUGUCUUGCAGUCUCCGAAACUCUCAUUUGUUUUCCUGUUAAUCACAUGAUCUCAAUUGCAGGCUGUAGGGAUAGGAAGACAAAUCAUUCUCCUGACUUUGCCAUAUAGUUCAGAGCGAAACUUUAAUGAGGAGGACAAAUGAAAGUAGGGCACAGAUGUUCACACCCUUGAAAGAUGUUGUGAGGUUUGUGAGAACAGACCGAUAUAACAAUAAAUCCAAGCAGAAGAGGAAGAAGCGGUAAUAACCUGCUGAGGUGGCAAUGGCUUGGCUUUCUCCAUUGAUGAAAGACAGGAAACGCGUGUGAAAUGUAACUUUAGGAUGUCGUUGCUGGUGGAUCGAGGUUUACUGAGAUGCAGAACAUUUAAUGGCUGAUGUAGAUGAUUUGGGAAUGUUUAUGUUGUGUUAUGUGUAGCGCAGGAGAGCUAAAAUUAUGGAAAGAGCAUGAUAUGCAUUCACUGAAUCGCUUGGUUUUUCCUUUAAUCUUAAUUUAAAAGGUUGAAUAUUUCUCUUUGCAUCCUUUGGCGUUUUUGAAGCCAUUUUAAACAGAAAUUGUUAAUGGUAUUGCAAACACUUUCUUGAUUCAUAUGUACACAUGAAAUGUUGGAAUGGUUUAUUCUUUGUUCACAUUCUUUUAAAAUAUAUAUAUAACAGAUGUUAGAACACACUUCUCUACAGGACACUGACAUCAGUGAUGGACGUCCAGAGACGAAGUGGACAAAUACAUGGAUAAAUCUUUCAUUUUUCACUUCUCAUUUUUGCCUUUGGUCGGAUGCGUUUUUCAAACCACAAACAAAGAAGAUCCUACAAGGUUCAUUCAACAAUGUGGCUUUGUUAUUUUUUGUACCCUCCACAUAUAAUAUAUAUUACACAAAAGUA